UAAGUGACGCAUGCGUGGAGGAUAUGCGCUUUGCAGCAAAGUCCUCCUUUACUCCACACACGCUUCUAAGCCUCGCUACUAACUACACUUUAUUCAUCCUCCGUGUCAGGAUAAACUCCACUCGUCUCACUCAACUUUGGACAUUAUUAGGCCCGCUUAGCUUGCUACUUGUUUUAGCGCGCUAGUUAGCUUUGCAUACUAAUUGUUUUAGCGCGCUAGUUAGCUUAGCAUGCUAGUUAGCUUAGCUUGUUAGCUGCUAACAAAGAGAGGCGGAUUUGAUCAACACAUCGCUUAGUUAAGAUCAAGUGUGAGUGUAAAGUGUUGUGAUUGUGUGAAAAUGUGUGAAAGAACGAUAGCAGAGUACAAAGAGGAACUUUCUCGGACCAAAGAAGACAACAAAAGACUACGUCAACUACUGGACGCUGUUUUCAAGAAACCUCAAGUUGUGUUACACAGAACAGACGUCUGUGAAGAUUAUCUUCACCCUAAGCAACAGCAGUGGAGCUUCAGGAUGCGGACGGAGGAGCCACAGCCCUCCCACAUUAAAAAAGAAGAGGAAUACCCACUCAUCCCCCAUUUUAAAGAGGAAGAGGAGGACCCACUGACACCCAAUUUUAAAGAGAAAGCGGUGGAUCCACUGAGCCCUCACAUUAAGGAGGAAGAGGAGUACCCACUGAGCCCUCACAUUAAGGAGGAAGAGGUGGAUCCACUGAGCCCUCACAUUAAGGAGGAAGAGGAGGACCCACUGAGCCCUCACAUUAAGGAGGAAGAGGUGGAUCCACUGACCCCUCACGUUAAGGAGGAAGAGGAGGACCCACUGAGCCCUCACAUUAAGGAGGAAGAGGUGGAUCCACUGACCCCUCACAUUAAGGAGGAAGAGGAGGACCCACUGACCCCUCACAUUAAGGAGGAAGAGGUGGAUCCACUGACCCCUCACGUUAAGGAGGAAGAGGAGUACCCACUGAGCCCUCAGCAUGUUAAAGGACUGGAGGGGGUUGAUGUCACCAAGAUGCCAGUGACUGGUGUCCCUGUGAAGAGUGAAGGUGAUGAGGUCAAAGGUGAGAGUGAGGAGAAGAGAAGCAGCAGCUCAACACAACACAUGACAACAGAAGCUGAUGGAGACCACUGUGGAGGAUCACAAGCAGACAAGAUCUUAGCUCCACUAUCAGAUAACAUCCAUCAGCUGAUUGCACACCAAGAAGAAUGUCUCCCUCAUCUGCAGGGGGACAGUUUCACUUUAGAGGAUCCACAGCCCUCACAUUUUAAAGGGGACAAGGAGGAUCCACAGCCCCCUUAUCUUAUAGAAGAAGAGGAGGGAGUAUGUCCUGUAGGGCAGGAGGAGGAUGAUGUCAUGACUGUUGUCUCUGUGAAGACUGAAGAGCAUGAAGACAAAGCACGUGAGUCCUCACAGCUUCAUCACAGUCCAAACGUCCAGCAGGUGUCAGCGGGGAGUCAUGAAGAGGAGUGGCACACCAGUGUGGGACAGAAGGAGCUACAGGCCCCCUCCCACAUUAAAGAGGAGCAGCUUCAUGAUGAAGAUGAAGCUCAGUCCUUACAGCUUCAUCACAGUCAAAGUGAGGAGAACAGAGGGGCGGAGCUUGUAAGUCAACACAUCACAGAAGCUGAUGGAGAGCAUUGUGAAGAUAUGACGUCAGAACCAGACAGCAUCUUUGCUCCACUGUCAGACAUGGACCACAUGAUGUCACACUCUUCUGAUCACAGUGACCACAUCCAAAUACCUUUGGAGAGUCAAAAUGACACUAAAGGUGAUACGAGACAUCACACUAACAACAAACACUUUGACUGCUCUCAAUGUGGGAAAUCAUUUAGACACAAGAGUAGUGUUACAAGACACUUGAGAAUACAUACUGGAGAGAAAACUUUUUCUUGCUCAGCUUGUGCUAAAAGAUUCAACAAUAAGAAGGAAAUUAUAUUACACAUGAGAACACACACAGGUGAGAAACCUUUUACUUGCUCUGUUUGUAAGAAGAGUUUCUCCAGAAAGGAACACAUGACCAGACACAUGAGAACACACACUGGAGAGAAACCUUUUACUUGCUCAGCUUGUGCUAAAAGAUUCCACACUAAGAAGGAAAUGAUAUUACACAUGAGAACACACACAGGUGAGAAACCUUUUUCUUGCUCUGUUUGUAAGAAAAGUUUCUCCAGAAAGGAACACAUGACCACACACAUGAGAACACACACUGGAGAGAAACCUUUUUCUUGCUCAGUUUGCGCUAAAAGAUUCAACAAUAAGAAAGACACGAUCACACACAUGAGAACACACACUGGUGAGAAACCUUUUACUUGCUCUGUUUGUAAGAAGAGUUUUUCCACAAAACGCAACAUGACCACACACAUGAGAACACACACUGGAGAGAAACCGUUUAGUUGCACUGUGUGUGAUAAGAUGUUCAGGUUAAAGUAUCAGGUGAGUAAACACAAGUGUGUAACAGUCAUGGAAGCUGCAGGGAUUUAAAAAGACUUAAACAGUGAUUGUGCUAAAUGUAGUUUAAAAACACAGCAUGUUUUUAAUAAGAAUGUAUAUUUGAUGUUGUAUGUAGUGCUUCUCAUCUUCUAGUCUUAUAUGUUGUCCUGUACUUACUUUUUAACUUGUGUGCAUGUAUUGAAUAUUACAUAUGUAGCUACUUUUUUGUUCUCAUCUUUGAAGAGAGGACAUCUUAUUUUUUUAAUUAGUUUUUUUUCCACAAAUUUUUUUGAUUGCAUUUUAUUGAUGUUAUUAUCCAAUUAAAAGUAUGAAUGAAUAAAAUGGUUAACAAAAUGUGGACUGUGGUAGAUUAGCAGCAUUGUUACAUCAUGGAUGUUAACUACUGCAAAACAUCAACAAAGAAGAAAAAUGCUGAAGUUAGCAACACAUCACUGAACUUUAGAGCCAUCGUGAGUGGAGUUGCUUGUUUUUAUUGCUGCAUUUCUACUUAUUUCACCUCACAUCUUCACUUUUAAUACUAAAGUCUUCUUCACAUAUAUUGUUGUAGGCUUCUAACAUUUAUGUUUCUGAUGUGUGUGUAGUCUGUGGAAAGGGUUGUUGAACCUUGUGGAUCCAAUUGUUCACUUGCACAUAUACAUCUUCAUCAUCAUCAGGCAUUAACUACUGGACAAAACCUUAACAUUAAUGUUUUAAUAUAAGUGUGACCUCAUUAUUCCUUGAUAAUAAGACUACAAAUACAGAUUUAAAGGCCUACUGAAAGCCACUACUAACGACGACGCAGUCGGAUAGUUUAUAUAUCAAUGAUGAAAUCUUAACAUUGCAACACAUGCCAAUACGGCCGGGUUGACUUAUAAAGUGCCAUUU